CUCAUAAACUAAUUCUCUGCAUGCUGGGACACACAGUUUGUUCCACCGCGUCCUGUUUGGUUGUCGUCUUGCUCGUACGUCUUUAUCACCACAUGUAGAACUGAAGACAUCAGGUCCCAGUCCCGGUCCCAGGCCUGACAGCAACAUGUCCGACAAAGGAGCUUUUGACACCAACGUGCUGACCCUCACCAGGUUUGUUCUGGAAGAGGGCAGAAAGGCCCAGGGCACAGGUGAGCUGACAACGCUGCUCAACUCCAUCUGCACAGCUGUCAAAGCCAUUUCCACCGCUGUCAGGAAGGCUGGGAUUGCAAACCUAUAUGGCAUCGCUGGAAGCACCAAUGUGACGGGGGACCAGGUGAAGAAGCUGGACGUCCUCUCCAACGACCUGGUCAUCAACAUGAUCAAGUCCUCCUUCACCUCCUGCGUGCUGGUGUCGGAGGAAGACGAGAAAGCCAUCAUUGUGGAGCCAGACAAGAGGGGAAAAUACAUUGUGUGCUUCGAUCCUCUGGAUGGCUCCUCCAACAUCGACUGUCUGGUCUCCAUUGGAACAAUCUUUGCUGUCUACAGAAAGACCACAGAUGGGGAGCCAUGUGAGAACGACGCGCUGCAGCCUGGGAGAAACAUCGUGGCGGCCGGCUAUGCCCUGUACGGCAGCGCCACCAUGAUGGUCCUCUCCACCGGCCAGGGAGUCAACUGCUUCAUGCUCGACCCCUCCAUCGGCGAGUUCAUCUUGGUGGAUCGUAACGUGAAGAUUAAGAAAAAGGGGAAGAUCUACAGUCUGAACGAAGGAUACGCACAGCAGUUCUAUCCAGAUGUGACGGAGUACCUGCAGAAGAAGAAAUUCCCAGAGGACAAUUCCGCUCCUUACGGCAGUCGCUACGUUGGCUCUAUGGUGGCCGAUGUUCACCGUACGUUGGUGUAUGGAGGAAUCUUUUUAUACCCCGCUAAUGUGAAAAGUCCGAAGGGCAAGCUGAGGCUGCUCUAUGAGUGCAACCCCAUGGCCUACAUCAUGGAGCAGGCCGGAGGCAUGGCCACCACCGGAUCCGUCGCCGUCCUGGACAUCCAGCCCACCGCCAUCCACCAGAGGGUCCCCGUGGUCCUGGGCUCUCCCGAUGACGUGCAGGAGUACAUUUCCAUCUACAAGAAGCAUAAUAAAUGAGUGUCAUCACCAGGUUUGUUCUGGUAGUAACUUAAACGAGAGGCUGUGUGCGGACAUUCAAGGUGCUUUUCGUUCAUUCCCUCUGUUGCACUGAAGAAGGAACGAAGAGCUUCGCCGAAGCCACUGACUCUGCUUCACACUGAGCUCAUUUCA